UACCGGGCUUUUCGUUUAUUCCGAACGUGUUUUACCGCUAAAAUGACCAAUUUAUACAAUGUUUCGACGUAACAACAGUUCAAAAACAAAAUGAAGUGUGAGUUUUUACAUUUAGUUCCGUGAGUGUUGAUUUUGAGUGGUUAAGCGACAUCGCAGAAGUAAAACAAAUGAGUGUGAUCCAUGUGUGAAUGUUGUGCUACAAAAUGUGGUCGAGAAACUUUAUACCGGAUUAUGGGAUUCGACUGUUGUCCUGGUGCCUGCUGGUGACGACCUUGGCGGCCAGGAUUCACGGCGCCGAGGGUUUCGUCUCAUGUUCUCCGUCGCCGUGCAAAAAUGGCGGAACUUGUUUAUCCACGUCGAGGGGAGAGUACUUUUGCAACUGCACAUCUCGGUACGCGGGCGAGUUCUGUCAACACCUGAACCCUUGCCACAGUGAAUCCAGUCCGCGCUGUCAAAACGGGGGCACUUGUAGGGUCAAACUUGGUGCGGGAGGGGGGCCCCCUUCCUUCGCCUGUGAUUGCCCUUUGGGCUUCAGCGCUUCCUUGUGCGAGAUCCGAGUGCCGACAGCGUGUGAUUCAGCACCAUGUUUAAACGGAGCCACUUGCCGACUGACGUCACUUGACACUUUUCAAUGUGAUUGUCCGCCGGGGUAUACAGGUGAUGAAUGCUCCCACGAAGAUCACUGUGCAUCACAACCAUGCCGCAAUGGAGGACGAUGCGUCGCAGACAACACCACAGCAGCCGGCUACUCCUGCGCCUGCCCAGCAGGUUUUACCGGCUCUCGAUGUACCGAGGACGUCAUUGAGUGUUCCAGCGGAUCAGGCCCUUGCCACCAUGGCAGGUGUUUCAACACUCACGGCUCGUACACCUGUGUCUGUGAACCUGGGUAUACGGGAAGGGACUGUGAUGCAGAAUACGUCCCUUGUGAGCCCUCGCCGUGUCUGCAUGGGGGAAGAUGCACGCCGUUAGACCAGCUGAGAUAUGAAUGCGAUUGUCCUACUGGCUAUCGAGGACAGAACUGUGAGAUCGACAUUGACGACUGCCCCGGCCACCUUUGUCAGAACGGAGGCACCUGCAUCGAUGGUCUGAACUCUUACACCUGCGAAUGCCCUCCCACCUUCACUGGUACUCUUUGUGAGUACGAUGUCGAUGAGUGUGCUCAGAGGCCUCUAGUCUGUCAGAACGGCGCGACGUGCACCAACUCAGUCGGUGGUUUCUCCUGCAUCUGUGUGAAUGGCUGGACGGGCCCCGAGUGCUCCGUAAACAUCGACGACUGCGCCGGCGCCGCCUGCUUCAACGGCGCCACUUGCAUUGACAGAGUUGGGGCAUUCUACUGCAAGUGUACGCCUGGAAAAACUGGUCUCCUUUGCCACCUGGAUGACGCGUGCACAUCGAACCCGUGUCACGCGGACGCGAUCUGCGACACCAGCCCCAUCAACGGUUCCUACACCUGUUCCUGCGCAUCGGGGUACAAAGGACUCGAUUGCAGCGAGGAUAUCAACGAGUGUGAACAAGCAGGAUCACCGUGCGAGCACGACGGCAUCUGCGUGAACACCCCUGGGUCCUUUGCUUGUAAUUGCUCUGUGGGAUUCACCGGCCCACGCUGCGAAACAAACGUCAAUGAGUGCGAGAGCCAUCCCUGCAGGAACGACGGGUCUUGUCUAGACGACCCAGGAACUUUUCGAUGCGUCUGUAUGCCUGGCUUCACGGGUACCCAGUGCGAGGUGGAGAUAGAUGAGUGCGCAAACAACCCUUGCCUCAACGGUGGGAUUUGUCACGACAUGAUCAACGCUUUUCGCUGCACCUGUGUAAUUGGGUUCACGGGAGUCAGGUGCCAGGAGAACAUCGACGACUGCGCUUCAAGUCCGUGCCGUAACGGCGGUACUUGCCACGACUCCAUCGCAGGUUACACCUGUGAAUGUCCACCGGGCUAUACUGGCAUGUCAUGUGAAACGAAUAUCAACGACUGUCUCUCUGCGCCGUGUCACCGCGGCGAGUGCAUCGACGGAGACAACAGCUUCACGUGCAACUGUCACCCUGGGUACACUGGCAGGGUCUGCCAGACGCAAAUAAACGAAUGCGAGUCCAACCCCUGUCAGUUCGGAGGCCACUGCGAAGACCUAAUCGAUGGUUAUCAGUGCCGCUGCAAGCCGGGUACAUCCGGGCGCAAUUGUGAGAUCAACGUGAACGAAUGCUACUCCAAUCCUUGCAGGAACGGAGCCACUUGCAUUGAUGGCAUUAAUAGGUAUACUUGUGAAUGUAUCCCCGGAUUCAUGGGCCAGCACUGCGAGACGAACAUCAACGAGUGCCUGUCGAAUCCAUGCGCGAAUGGGGGAAAGUGCAUCGACAGAAUCAAUGGCUUCCGCUGCGAAUGUCCUAGAGGAUACUACGAUGCUAGAUGUCUUUCGGACGUGAACGAAUGUGCUUCAAACCCCUGCAUCAACGGGGGCACCUGCGAGGAUGGAGUCAACCAAUUUAUCUGCCAUUGUUUGCCAGGAUACGGAGGACAACGAUGUGAACGAGAUAUCGAUGAAUGCAGCUCAAACCCGUGUCAGCACGGAGGUACCUGUCACGACAGGCUCAAUGCUUACAAAUGCGAUUGUAUCCUGGGAUUCACUGGCGUAAACUGCGAAACGAACAUCGACGACUGCGCGGGCAACCCGUGUUUGCACGGCGGCUCUUGUAUCGACCUUGUCAACGGUUACCGCUGCGUGUGCGCACCGCCACACUCUGGCCGCAACUGCGAGACUACGCUUGAUCCUUGUUCGCCUAAUCAAUGCCGACACGGCGGCCGCUGCGUCGCAGAAGCCUCGUAUGCGGAAUUCACUUGCCAGUGCCCCGUGGGUUGGACCGGGGCCCUCUGCGAACGAGAUGUGGACGAAUGUGCUGUCACUGCGCCCUGCCACAACGAAGCCACUUGCAUUAACACUGAGGGGUCUUAUGCCUGCCUUUGUGCAAGAGGUUACGAGGGGAAGGAUUGCGCUAUCAAUACUGAUGAUUGCGCUUCGUUCCCUUGUCAAAAUGGCGCGACGUGUCUGGACAGCAUUGGCGACUACAACUGCGUGUGCGCAAGUGGUUUCGCGGGCAAGCACUGCGAGGUCGACAUCGACGAAUGUCAGUCGCGUCCUUGUAUGAACGGCGCCACUUGUAACCAGUAUGUGGCUUCCUACACGUGCACAUGUCCGCUGGGCUUCUCGGGCAUCAACUGCCAGACGAACGACGAGGACUGCACGGAGUCCAGCUGUAUGAACGGCGGCACCUGCAUUGAUGGAAUUAAUUCUUACAACUGCUCCUGCCCACCUGGCUACACGGGGUCGAACUGUCAGUUUCGUAUCAACAUGUGCGACAGCUCUCCCUGCGACAACAGCGCCACCUGCCAUGACCACAUCACACACUACACUUGCCAUUGCUCUUACGGGUAUACAGGGAAGCACUGCGAGGAUUACGUUAAUUGGUGUGAAAACAAUCCGUGUGAGAAUGGAGCAACAUGUUCGCAAAAAGGACCACAGUAUACGUGUACCUGCGCUCCAGGCUGGUCUGGCAAGCUGUGUGAUGUUGAAAUGGUUUCUUGUAAGGAUGCAACCCUUAGAAAAGGAGUCAAACUCAAGCAGCUCUGCAACAACGGCUCUUGCGAGGACAUCGGCAACUCCCACCGUUGUCACUGUCUAGACGGAUACACAGGCUCUUACUGUCAGAAGGAAAUCAAUGAGUGCGAAUCUGCACCGUGCCAGAACGGAGCAGUGUGCAAGGACCUGGUAGGGACGUACCAGUGCCAAUGUGCCAAAGGAUUUCAAGGCCAGAACUGCGAGUUAAACGUCAACGACUGCCUUCCCAACCCUUGCCAGAAUGGAGGAACUUGUCACGAUCUCAUCAACAAUUUCUCUUGUUCAUGUCCUUUCGGAACUCUUGGUAAAAUUUGCGAAAUCAAUGUUAAUGAUUGCAAACAGGACGCCUGCCACAAUAACGGAACUUGUAUAGAUAAAGUUGGAGGCUUUGAGUGCAAGUGUCCACCAGGCUUCGUUGGUCCUCGGUGCGAGGGAGACAUCAACGAGUGUCUUUCCAAUCCUUGCUCAAUUCCUGGUACUCAAGACUGCGUCCAGCUUAUCAACGACUAUCAUUGCAAUUGUAAACCAGGAUACAUGGGAAGACACUGUGAUGCCAAAGUCAACUUCUGCGCUAACUCUCCUUGUCAAAACGGAGGUAUCUGUACAGCCAUUUCAGGUGGUCACGAAUGUCUAUGCAACGAUGGAUUUUAUGGCAAAAACUGCGAAUAUUCCGGCUAUGCAUGCGAUUCUAACCCUUGCCAAAACGGUGGCUAUUGCAGAACGUCUGAAAUAGGUGGUUACGUUUGCGAUUGUCCUUCAGGAUUAUCAGGUAUCAAUUGCGAAAUAGAUUCUAUGAAUGAAUGUCUUAGCAACCCGUGCAAGCACCCUGAAGCAAGGUGCAUUGAUAAACCAGGUGAUUACCUCUGUUACUGUCCAAGACAAUGGACAGGAAAGAAUUGUGACAUUUACGACCCUCACGCAAGAGGUGGCUACGGAAGUCCAGUCAGCGGAGUUUAUGGCAGUAACAAAAACCCAACUUUGACCCUCCAAGAACUGGAUUUAGCUUUCCAAAGAGAACAGUGUGUCAAGUUGGGAUGCAAAGAAAAACAGGGAGACCACCAUUGUGACGAGGAAUGUAACACGUACGCCUGCGAUUUUGAUGGCAACGACUGUUCUCUAGGCAUUAACCCUUGGGCAAACUGUACAGCACCAGUGAACUGUUGGGAGGUGUUUAUGAAUGGCGAAUGUAACGAGAUUUGUAACACUCAAGCCUGCUUAUUUGAUGGAAGGGAUUGCGAGAAAUCACUGCAAAAAUGCAAUCCAAUCUAUGACGCUUACUGUCAGAAGCACUAUGCCAACGGUCACUGCGACUAUGGUUGCAACAAUGCUGAAUGUAACUGGGAUGGUUUGGACUGCGAAAACGAACCCCCAGACUUAGCCGAAGGUGUCAUGUCAAUUAUUCUCCUCAUGGACAUGAGAACUUUUAAGGAAAACUCCGUCGCGUUUCUUCGUGAUCUAGGCCACCAAUUGCGAACUACUGUAGUGAUCAAGAAAGACCAUUUAGGCAACGACAUGGUUUACCCUUGGAAGGGAUCGACAGACGCUGGUUUGGCUGAGACUGAAUUUGGAAAGAAACAUCAUAUAGUGGCUACUGAAAGGGGGCAAUCUGGAGUACAAGUUUAUUUAGAAAUUGACAAUAGAAAGUGUACCACCACGAGUGGUUCCGAAUGCUUCUUCUCUGCUAGAGAAGCUGCAGAGUUCUUAGCAGCAACAGCUUCCAGGCACUACUUGCCCCAAGAUUUCCCGAUCUACCAAGUGAAAGGAGUCACAAACCCUGAGCCAGAUGAAAUGCCAACAAAUUCUAAAUACGUAUUCAUUGGUGUCAUACUUGUUCUUCUGGCUGGUCUGUUGAUCGGAGUACUGGUCACAGCUCAACGGAAACGCGCUGCUGGUAUAACAUGGUUCCCAGAAGGAUUCAUACGGAAUAAUUCAUCAUCAAGACGUCGUUCGAGAAGACGAGGUCCUGAUGGCCAAGAAAUGCGGAAUUUGAAUAAAGGUUCUAUGGGUUGCAUUGAUGUAGACAUCAAUGGCGGCCACAUGGGACCCCCUCACUGGUCUGAUGAUGACGACGACGGUUCAGCUCCACCAAGAGCUAAAAGAGCGCGAGGUCCUGGAGAUGCUAAUGGUGCUCCUGGAGGUUACGCGUCAGACCAUACUGCGAUUACGGAUUAUGAAGAAGCAGGUCACGACUCAAGGGUAUGGACGCAGCAGCAUCUGGACGCGGCGGAUAUCCGGGUGCCACCUAGCAUGAUGACACCUCCAGCAAUCCACGACGGUCACGUAGACGUAGAUGCCCGGGGACCACUGGGCAUGACCCCACUUAUGGUGGCAGCAGUGAGGGGCGGAGGCCUAGACACAGGGUCUGAUGCCGAAGACGAACAAACAGCUCAUAUUAUAUCGGAACUGGUCGCGCAAGGAGCGCAGUUGAAUGCUGCUAUGGACAAGACUGGGGAGACCAGCUUGCACCUUGCUGCUAGAUACGCUCGUGCCGACGCGGCCAAGCGUCUCCUGGAUGCCGGCGCCGACGCAAACUCGCAAGACAACACGGGCAGAACACCACUGCACGCCGCGGUCGCAGCAGACGCUAUGGGUGUCUUCCAGAUUCUGCUCAGGAAUAGAGCGACGAACUUGAAUGCGAGAAUGCAUGAUGGAACCACGCCGUUAAUUUUAGCUGCUAGGCUGGCGAUAGAAGGCAUGGUGGAAGACCUAAUAAACGCGGAUGCAGAUAUAAACGCAGCGGACAACAGCGGUAAGACAGCGCUGCACUGGGCCGCUGCGGUGAACAACGUUGAUGCUGUCAACGUAUUAUUGAUGCAUGGCGCAAAUAGAGAUGCGCAGGAUGACAAGGACGAAACUCCGCUAUUCCUAGGUGCAAGAGAAGGUUCCUUUGGUGCGUGCCGAGCACUUCUAGAUGCGAUGGCGAACCGUGAAAUCACGGACCACAUGGACCGAUUGCCACGCGACGUGGCCCAAGAGAGAAUGCACGAUGACAUAGUGAGGCUACUCGACGAGCAUUGCCCAAGGCCGCCGCCACAGCAUCACCAUCUCAUGCCAUCACCAAAUCCUCACCCUCAGCUGAUCAGUCAGCCGACAGUAAUCAGCGCAAGCUCAGCGAAAGGCAAGCCGAAAAAGCCUCGCGCAAAAGCGGGCCCCGACAGCCCAGACCAGCAUUACGACAAUAACAAUCUACACAGCACGGCUAUUAGACGGAAGCCGAGUGUAAAAAAGAAUAAUAAGAAGGUGGCGCAGGAAGUACCACAGAGCGUUGAGAGUCUGGGUUCCAGUCUCAGUCCAGUUGAAUCACCGCUCCAAAAUUUACAGGACUUGCCGUCGCCGUACGACGCGACGUCGCUGUACUCGAAUGCGAUGGCGCAGUUCGCGGGUAUAGAGCAGCUCAUGCAGCACAAGCAGCCGCCCAGCUAUGAGGACUGCGUCAAGUGGCUGUGUUCACAGACGGGUCAGACGCUCCAACAGUCGUACGGCGGCGGCGCGCUGGGCGCGUCGCUGUCGCCGCCCUACUCCAAUCACUCGCCCACUCAUAGCAACCACACCACUUCACCACACGCUUAUAUCGGAUCUCCCUCGCCGGGCAAGUCACGGCCGUCGCUGCCGACGUCGCCGGCGCACAUGGCGGCACUACGCCAUUCCCACCAACAUCAACUCGACGCUGCCGCUUACUCUGCGCUCGCGCAUCUUAGUGAGUAUCGCGCAAGUGGGCAGCACAACGCUCAGCUGCAGGCAGUGAUGACGCACGCAGCAGCUCUCGGACAGGUUCAGGGCGCGCAGCAUCCCGCCAUUACCAACCUUAUGUCGGGUAUCUACGGCGGCUGGGGUAUAGGCGAUACGUUCCCAACGCCGUCACCUGAGUCUUCCGACCAUUGGUCGACCCCCUCACCGCAGACCCCCCUUACGCAAUCCCCGCACUCCGAUUGGUCGGAUCGCGCCGCAUUAUCACCUAAUGACAUGCAACAGACUAAUAAAGGAGCUACUGAAGCCAUUUAUAUCUAGAAAUUGGUCUCAUAAGAGUUAUUUUGUGGUGUUCGGUUUUGAUUUGAAAUUAUCGUCAAAAUGGUAGGUAUUAUAUAUAAAAUAUAUAUGAAACGAAUUAGCGGAUAGUAGAUAAAGGUAUCUUCUUCGUUCAUAAUUACGUAAUGCUAUAGUUGUGAUUUUGUAAAAAUAAUACUCCAUAACUCAUCAAAUAUGUUUUUCAUAAUAUUCAGUAAUGUAUUUGUAGAUCAAAUACUUUGUAUAAAUAGAAGAGCGGUUCCAAUCUGGGCAAUAUGUGGUAUUAUUAAGGGACUACCGUAAUUUAAGACAAAGUGCAGUUAUUCUUGAAAAAGUUAGUAUAUUUCUAUUGAAAAUUAUCAAAAAAUUUU